UUAGAUAAAAUUUAUGAUGAUAAAAGAAUAUAUGCCGCUUUAGAAAAAUCUUUUGAAGAGCAAGGGAUUACAGUAAAUGGUAUAAAAGAGUUAACGGAUGAUCAAUUAAUUGAAUUAGGUGUAACUAAGAUUGGAUGGC